AUAAGAGAAUCACACUCUAAUUGUUUCUCCGGAGAAGAAGAAGAUGAAGCAACCGGCGACACCGAACGCGGCGGAGGAAACCAGUGCAGAGCAAAAUCAGACCGGAGCAAAGCAGAAAUCGAAGAAAUUCCCAACAGCAACGGAGCUAAUCUCUCACUACCAGAAACGAGGGCUCGAACCAGCUGAAGCCUCGGUUAGAGUCAUCGAAGACCUACAAAACGCGCUCGUCCGAGUCAUUUCAUCCUCGAAGAACGCCUCCAGUAAGGAUAAGCUUUUAACCGACGCGAGGAAGAUUGACGCCAUUAAUGGAAGGCUUGCCGUCGUCGACGCCAAGUUGGAGACGAAACCUGGAUACGCUGAGACUUUCGUCUUAGGGUUAGCUUCUGGUGCAGCACUUAACGGAAUUAACGCCGUCUGGCCUCACGUUGCCAGUGGCAUUGGCCAAGUUUGGUCCGCCGUUAAGAGUGGGACAGAUCCGUCAUCGGCCUCUUGAAAUGUUAGGAAAGGAAUAUUCUCCAUUGAUUUGGUUUCAUAUGAGGUUUUUUUUACUCCGAUGUUGUAUUAGCGAAAUUGGGUUUCAGUGUCAAGCGGAUUUCAAUUUUUGUACUGUUGGAACAAAAAAUCUGAUC